GCAAGCACCCAGCUUCGCCAACAUGUGGGUAUUCUUGCUGCUGUGGCCUCUGGCCCUGGGUUUCAGCCUGGGUGACACCCAGACCCCCAUCGGCUAUGAGGAGGUGGGGAGCACAGCAGAAGGCGAUGACAGCACACCGAGGCCCCACCCCCGCAGCUUCCCUGGCCAGCCCUGUACCAACGACAGCAACACUCUGGAGCUCCCUGCCAACUCUCGGGCCCUGCUGCUGGGCUGGGUGCCCACGAGGCUGGUGCCUGCACUCUACGGGCUGGCCCUGGCAGUGGGGCUGCCCGCCAACAGCCUGGCACUGUGGGUGCUGGCCACGCAGGUGCCCCGACUGCCCUCCACCGUGAUGCUGAUGAACCUGGCGGCCGCUGACCUGCUGCUGGCGCUGGCGCUGCCGCCACGGAUUGCCUACCACCUGCGGGGCCAGCGCUGGCCCUUUGGCGAGGCCGCCUGCCGCCUGGACACAGCCGCACUCUACGGCCACCUGUACGGCUCCCUGUUGCUGCUGGCCGCUGUCAGCCUGGACCGCUACCUGGCCGUAGUGCACCCUCUGCGGGCCCGCACCCUGCGAGGCCAGCGCCUGGCCGGCGGGCUCUGCGUCACGGCCUGGCUGGCGGCAGCUGCCCUGGCGAUGCCCCUGGCACUGCAGCAGCAGACCUUCCGGCUGGCACGCUCUGACCACGUGCUGUGCCAUGACGUGCUGCCCACCGGCGCCCAGGCCUCCUACUGGCGGCCCACCUUCAUCUGCCUGGCGGGGUUCGGCUGCUUCCUGCCGCUGCUGGCCAUGGUGCUGAGCUACGGGGCCACUCUACGCACGCUGGCGGCUGGGGGCCGGCGCUACGGCCACGCGCUGCGGCUGACCGCGCUGGUGCUGGCCUCUGCCGUGGGCCUCUUCGCGCCCAGCAACGUGCUGCUGCUGCUGCACUUCUCAAACCCCGGCCCUGACGCCUGGGGGGACUUGUACGCCGCCUACGUGCCCAGCCUGGCGCUCAGCACCCUCAACAGCUGUGUGGACCCCUUCAUCUAUUAUUUCGUGUCUGCCGAGUUCAGGAGCAAGGUGCAGGAGGGCUUGCUCCGCCGGGCACCUGGCACCACCAUGGCCUCCAGGGAGCGGGGCAGCCGAGCGACGGGGACCCGGUCCUCCUCGGUCGUGUGACAGGCCCGUCACAGGCUGGAUGAACAGGAAGGGAGUCGUUCUGGGUUGAAUAGGGUCCCCUCCAGAUUCACACCCAUCGGGAACCUCCCAAGGUGAGCUUAUUCGGAAACAGGGUCUUGGCAGGUGUGAUUAGCUAGAAUGAGGUCACACUGGAGUACAGAGUAGGCCCUAAAUCCGAUGUGACUGGUGUCCUUACAAGAGGAGGAUGCAGAGACACACGGGAAGAAGGCCACUUGAUGGUGGAGGCAGAGGUGCGGUGAUGUGGCCACAAGCUGCAGACUGCUGGCAGCGACUACAAGAAGCCAGGGGAGCAGCCUUGGGUAGUCUCCCUCGGAGCCCCUGGAGGGAGCCAGUGCUGCCUACACCUUAAUCUCGGACUUCUAGCCUCCAGAACUGCCAGAGAAUAAACUUCUGUUGUUUGAA